AUGUGUGAGACGAAUCAAACUGAGGUGACUGAAUUUUUUCUUCUGGGAUUUCAAAGCUUUUACCACCUAAAAGUGCUGAUUUUCAUACUGGUCCUCCUUGUGUAUAUUGUGAUACUGAUGGGAAAUCUUCUGGUUGUCAUACUGGUGUCAACGAAUGAUCAGCUCCAAAUUCCCAUGUUUUACUUUCUCAAGCAUUUGGCAUUAGUGGACCUCAUGUUCACCACCAAUAUUGUACCCAACAUGCUCUAUAUUAUAUUGAUGGAGGGAGGCAAAAUUACUACAACAGGGUGCUUUAUUCAAUACUAUAUUCACUGUAUUGCAAUUUACACACAAUCUGUAAUACUUUCUGUAAUGUCUUUUGACCGGUAUAUGGCUGUUUGCCAUCCUUUGCGUUAUUCUUCCGUUUUGAGCCCUAGAUUGUGUCUCCAUUUGGCUUUCUGGUCUUGGGCAGCUGGUUUUUUCCUCAUUCCAUGUGAAUUUAUCUUAAUAUUCCAAUUACAGUUUUGCGACUCAAACGUCAUUGAUCACUUCUUUUGUGAUUUUGCCCCUUUCCUUACCCUUUCUUCAUCAGACACAAAUAUAGUACGAUGGCAAGAUUUUAUGAUCUCUGUCUUUCUCAUAUUUCUUCCAUUUCUAUUUGUUAUUUUGUCUUAUAUCUGUAUUUUCAUUACAAUCUUGAUGAUCUCAACCGCUGCUGGACGAAGGAAGGCUUUCUCCACUUGCAGUUCCCAUCUGGCCACUGUCAGCACACAUUAUGGAGCUUUAGUUACAAUAUAUAUUUUUACAGCAAGAGGUGAUGACCUCCAUGAAAACAAAUGGAGGUCUCUACUGUAUACAGUGAUUACUCCAUUUAUUAAUCCCCUUUUAUAUAGCCUCAGGAGCCACGAAUUUAGAAAAAUACUAAAACAAUUGACACAAAGGAGAAAAAGAAAAUAA